AUGGACUUGCAGUAUUCAAAGAACACUUUAAGAAGAACACAUCCCAUGAAAGAAAAAGCUGGUCAGAAGCACAAGCCUGCUGAUGUGUUUGAGUUUCCUGAUAACUCCGAAAUCUCAAGCAAUGGCAGUGAAAGUAAGAAAGACGAUGCUUACGAGACUUUUGAUCCUCCCCUACACAGCACUGCUAUAUAUGCUGAUGAAGAAGAACUCUCCCAACACUGUGGGUCAUCUGUCCCUUCAACUCCUCCAGGAAAAGCAACGAAAGAAAGCUUGAGCACUUCUGCAAGUGAAGCAAGUGAAAGCGCGUCUGUAAAACUGAGAGCCACAAAGCCAGGAAGAAGAUGUAAGCCCCUUAGCGAUGGCUCUGACAGCUCGGGAGAAAGUGAGAUACGAAGAAAAGUUCAGUCACCAGAGAGAAUCGGUGCGCGACGGUGUGACGCUGUUCCGGCCGGGGCGCCGUCGGGGCUUCCCGAGAGACGGCCGCGGUCAGAGAGGCCCGAGGCGGGAGGCGGCCGUGGCAGCGGUGCACCUGCGGACGGAGGGACCCCGGCCAUGGAAACUCAGAAAAAGAGACUAUGUCUCGUGGCAAAAGGAAAAAAACAAGCAAUGAAGCUGGAGAUUCAGCUCCUCUACAGAGAAAGAAUAGAAUCUAAAAUUUGUAAAGAAGCCAUCAAUAAAUUUCAUUGUAAUAUUAAAGAAGAACUCAUCAAAAUGCUUAAAGAAGCCCAGAUGUUGAAAAACCUGAAAAGGAAGAACGCUAAGGUGAUUGUAGAUAUCAAGAAGAAAAGGCAGCGUUUGGUUGAAGUCCAGGAUGAACUGCUUCGGUUAGAGCCCCAGCUGAUACAGCUACAAACAAAAUACGACGAACUUAAGGAGAGAAAGUCAUCCCUGAGGACGGCAGCAGAUUUCCUAUCUAAUUUAAAACAGCUCUAUCACGAGUACUCAGAUCUUCAAGAGAAAGAACCAGACACAAAGGAAACGUAUGAUUCAUCCAGCCUUCCAGCUCUGUUAUUUAAAGCAAGAACCUUUUUGGGAGCUGAAAAUCAUUUGCAAAAUAUCAACCACCAAUUAGAGAAUCUCCUUGACCAGCACUGAGGAGACAGCCGUACUGAAAUGUGCCAACUUAGUCCCCUGCGGCCUCUGAAAACAAGUAGGGUCCAGUCCCCAGGAUUUAGUACUGAUUAAUAGUUUUAGAGGCCAUGAUCCUUUUAGGAUAAUGUCUUGAGUAAUUUAAAAAUGCUGAAACCCUAUCUGAAUCAGUCCCAAACAUGUAUGUUUUAACCUGUAAAAUUAAGACAAUGUGAACAUAGACUAAAUACUACAGUUAAUUUGCAAUAAAAUUGAUUUACUUACAUUAUUUUCCAAGUAACAUUUGACAGACUGAAUAUAAUUUUUUGUUACAAAUCUCGCAGAUUACAGGCUGCUUAUGUGAUGUCCACAGUUGGCUACUCUUGUAGUACUUCCAUAAUGAGGUCAUCAGGAAUCUCAUCCACUCCACUACUGUGACGCAGAAGACUGCUCUCUGCAGCCUCUGCUAAUUCAGCAUCUUCAGUGGCUUCUAAAAAGCAAGCAUCAUCCAUGCCAUUGUCCCAGCCAGGGUCAGAGGAUGCACCAGGGGACGGUUUAUGAGGGCUCGUGGUUUCAUUGUUCCUAGUUUCCUCUGUUGUAAAUUCUUCUUCCUUUAAAAAAAAAAUCUAGUUGUAAUUCUACAUAGACUGAAUAUAUAAUGAAAUCACCACAUAUUAAGAUCUUAAGAACAGUUCGAUAGGAAUGAGAAUAUUAACUGUUUCUGGAGUUGGCUCAGAUACUCCUUAGACUCCCCAUUUGAAACUGCCUGCAGUUCUGUGGCACAGAUGUUUCAGCAUCCCCAGCAGGUGCUACAGCAAGGACAGACUUACCUGUUCAAGUGGCCUGUGUACCUGUUAAAGACAAACUGCCAAGGACUAAUCACUAAGGCUUACAUGAGAUAAUAGUGAUGUUAAAUUUCCUUAAAUUAGGUGUGGAGCCUCCGCCUGGGGCACCAGCAUCCUGUAGGGGCACCGGUUCAAGUCCCAGCUGGGCCCUGCACCACGUGGGAGACCCAGAAGCAGCUGUUGCAGCCAUUUGGGGAGUGGAUGGAAGAAUAAACCUUAAAAAGGAAAGGCCCCACAGAGUAUUAUGUAUACUUACUGGUUUUAAAAAUAUGAGCCCAGAUAAAAAUGUUGUAAUAUUAUGAGGAAGAUUUUAAAUUAUUUGGGCAAAUAAAGAUCUUUGAAAGAAA